AUUACACUGAAAAUUAAAAAGCAAAAGUAAGGGUAAAAACAUUUACAUCUGCAUUGAUCAAAAUAACAAUUACACAUUUUCCUCAAUUAAUUGAAUAUGAAACAAGUUCUGAUUUAUUUAAUUCAUUUUAUUUUUAUACCAGAAAUCUUCCUCAUCACAUUUAAUUUCUGGACACCCAUCAGAUAAUGAACUAGUCUAAACAUUGGACUGAAGGGUUGCUAUGGAAAUAGAUAAAGAAUCAACCAUCAGUUUUAACUCAGAUGAUGUCAAAUUUCCUAGUCAUUGUUCUCAGAUACUUUAUUAGAUUUGGACAGUUUUACUUCAAGCUGAAUAUAUAUAUAUAAGUGAGCAAACCUUAGAAACUGUAGUAAAUUUAGACCAACGUGACACCUACAGAUAUGGGAGCCAAACCAAAGGAGAAUAUAGGAUUCAUUUGCUUAAUCCUCUGUUCCUUGAUUUGGUUACAUUUUGAAAAUUCAGCUGUUACUGCAUCCAAUAAUACUACACAGUAUUCAUCCACUACUGAUUUUAAUAAAACAUCAACAUUACUAUCAACAACAAAUGGAGAGACAACAGCAUCAACAACAAGUGGAGAGACAACAGCAUCAACAACAAGUGAAGAGACAUCGUCAACAACAGGGGAAGACAAAACUGUGUCCACAACAAGUGAUAAGACUACACCCUCACAAGCAAACCCCUCAUUAACCAUGAAAACUCUUUUGCUAACAACUACAGUAUUGAACAACGAAACCACCGAAACACAGGCUAAUACUCAGAAUGUUACCGACAAUGAAGAUGAAGCCAAUAAUGACAACGGAUUGUCUGGAGGUGCCAUUGCUGGCAUUGUCAUCGGAUCUGUAAUUUUGUUAUGCUUUAUAGUUGGGGUAGUUAUACGUAUCAAGCUUAAUACAGUGACCCCAGCACAGUCAGCACAGUCAGAUACAUAAAUAUGACCUCCAUUGAAAAUUUUGUUCAGAAUCAAGGAGGCAAAAGAUGCGGUCAACAUUUGAUUGGAUAAAAGGGUAUCACUGCUUAAGCUUGUCCACAUUAUGCCCAUAUAUAGUCAUCAUGAUGUGCCCAUAUAUGUUCAUGAUGUGAUGUCAUCAUGACCAUAUUUAGGCAUGUCACAUGUUUUUGUCAAAUAACAUUUGAUAGUGUGGAUAGGACUUUAGGUUUACUGAACCAGUGGACUGCAAAUAAUUAAUUAGUGCACCCACCACGAUGAAAAAGUGGAAAUUUCAGAAAAAAACAAACUUCUUUCUUUAUUUCUAUUACGCCCUCCGCUUCCUUGAAAUCUCCAAA